AAUUAUAUAUAAAUUAAUAAAUCAAAAUUCUCUCAAUCAACAAACAAAUAGAUCUGAUUAUGAGAAAUCUUAAAAAUCAAAUAAAAUUUUAGAUAUCAAUUUUUUUUGAGUAUCGUACUUUUUCUUAAAAUUCAAGAUUCCAAGAGCUUACCUAAUGUAACGGAAGAGACAUGACAAGCAACUCUUGGCUCGAUUUAAAAUGUGUUUACGUCAGUGUAGAGUUGCUGGAGUUAUGGGCUGUUUAAUUUGAGAAACUGGAAUAAAGGUUUCUUAUUCAAAUUUUCUUUCAUUAAGAUAAAAAUUCUGGUUUUCUUUUUCUAUAACAGAGAUUGCAUUUUGGGAUAAGAAAAAUAGUUGCAAAUAUUCAAGUUUAAAUUAAAUUUUUACUGAAUUUGCCUGGAUGGUAUAUGGAACAAGUAAAUUGUACGCUAAAUUCAAAAUAUAUGGAUUAGCACUUGAAGAAUUAGAUUUUUCCCAAUUUUAAUCUAUGGAUGUUUAGAGGGUUUGCUUAGGAUAUGAAAUUCCAAACAACAGGCAACCACUCCCUUGAAUUUUCUAAUUUUUUCUAGGAUUAUGCUUAUCUUUGCCAUAAAUUGGAGGAAUUCUUGGUUACUUGGACGGACGGCUAACCAGCCAGCCAGGGUAUAUAUUAUUUUCUUACUUGUUAUUGGGCCGGAUAUCCAUCAGAAACCCAAAAGGCGAAAAAAGAGGAUAUGUUUAGCAUUUUAUAUUUGGGCCGGACUCCGGAGACCGCAAAACGAUAUUUACUCUUAGCAAACGGCGUCGUUGCUCUAUCAUCUGUUUCCCCGUUUAGGAUUGCUUUAUCAAGCACACCAGGAAAAAAUGACCCCAAAUAUUUAUCGUCUUUCUCGCUCGUAGCAUUGCCGAGUGCUGAGCUGAGGCUCUAUCUUCCUAAGAGAAAAAAAUGUCUUCCUCUACAUGUUUCAAAUGCUACCCUUGGUCUUACUCUCCUUGUCUCCCUUUCUUCAAAAAACCUACUUCACAUUUCUCCAUCUCCUUCUCAGCCACUCAACAAAACCAAACCCAAUUUCCUCUCUCCCACAAUUUCACUCCAACUCAACUCCUCGACACCAUCCGCCGCCAAAACGACGAAUCCUCAGCUCUUCGCUUAUUCGAAUGGGCCUCAAAGCAGCCCAAUUUCACCCCAAACUUAUCCAUCUACGAAGAACUCCUCACCAAGCUUGGAAAGCUUGGGUCCUUUGAUUCCAUGAAGCAUAUUUUGCAACAGAUAAAGCUCUCUCGCUGUGAACUUCGUAGAGGUACUUUUUUAAUUCUUGUUGAAAGUUAUGCUGAGUUUGGCUUGUACGAUGAAAUUCUUGACGUUGUUGAGUUGAUGGAGAGUGAGUUUGGGUUAAAACCCGACACCCAUUUUUAUAAUUUCUUUUUGAACGUUCUGGUUGAUGGGAAUAAGUUAAAGUUAGUGGAAACUGCUCAUAAUGGAAUGAUUAAUAGAGGGAUUAGGCCUGAUGUUUCUACUUUUAACAUAUUGAUUAAGGCUUUGUGUAAAGCACAUCAAAUUAGGCCUGCCAUUUUAAUGAUGGAAGAAAUGCCUAGUUAUGGUCUAAGCCCCGAUGAGAAAACGUUUACCACGAUAAUUCAAGGGUUUAUUGAUGAAGGUAAUAUGGAUGGUGCACUGAGGAUGAGAGAACAGAUGGUGGAGGCUGGUUGCCCGAUUACUAAUGUGACUGUGAAUGUUUUGUUACAUGGGUUUUUUAAGGAAGGUAGGAUUGAGGAAGCUUUGAUUUUUAUGCAAGAGAUGACGAGUGAAGGGUUUUACCCGGAUCAAUUCACGUUCAAUACAAUGGUGAAUGGUUUGUGUAAGGUGGGUUAUGUUAAGCAUGCUUUGGAGAUCAUGGAUUUGAUGCUUCAAGAAGGGUUUGAUCUGGAUAUAUUUACAUACAACUCUUUGAUUUCUGGAUUGUGUAAAAUUGGCAUGAUUGAGGAGGCAGUGGAAACUUUAAAUGAAAUGGUUUCAAGGGAUUGUUCGCCAAAUACUGUUACCUAUAAUACCUUGAUUAGCUCCCUGUGUAAGGAGAACCAAGUUGAAGAAGCCACUAAACUUGUUCGUGUACUUACGAGUAAGGGAAUUUUACCCGAUGUUUUCACAUUUAAUUCUUUGAUACAAGGUCUGUUCCGGACAAGAAAUCAUAGCAUUGCUAUGGAACUUUUUGAGGAGAUGAAGAACAAAGGGUGCCAACCUGAUGAAUUUACCUACAAUAUGUUGAUUGAUAGCUUAUGUUAUAAAGGGAAACCAGAAGAGGCUUUAAGCCUGCUUAAAGAAAUGGAGUCAAGUGGCUGUGCACGGAAUGUUGUUACUUAUAAUACUUUGAUUGAUGGAUUCUGCAAAAACAAGAGGAUCCGAGAAGCAGAGGAAAUCUUUGAUGAGAUGGAAAUUCUAGGGGUUUCAAGAAAUUCAGUGACCUAUAACACGCUCAUUGAUGGUCUCUGCAAGAGCGGGAGGGUUCAGGAGGCUGCUCAGCUCAUGGACCAGAUGGUAAUGGAAGGAUUGAAACCUGACAAGUUCACAUACAAUUCUCUGCUUACAUACUUUUGCCGGGCUGGGGAUAUAACAAAGGCAGCGGACAUUGUUCAAACCAUGACUUCAUGUGGUUGUGAACCAGAUAUUGUCACCUAUGGAACCCUGAUUGGGGGCCUUUGUAAGGCAGGGAGAGUUGAUGUUGCAAGUAGACUACUUAGAACUAUUCAGAUGAAAGGGAUGGUUUUGACCCCACAUGCUUAUAACCCUGUUAUUCAAGCUCUAUUUAGACGAAAGAGAGCUGAUGAAGCUAUGAGGCUUUAUAGAGAGAUGUUGGAGAAUGGUGACCCUCCAGAUGCCAUCACAUAUAAGAUGGUAUUUCGUGGCCUUUGCAAUGGUGGAGGACCAAUUGGAGAAGCUGUUGAUUUUUUAGUUGAGAUGAUUGAGAAAGGAUUUUUACCUGAAUUCUCAUCAUUCUAUAUGCUGGCUGAAGGACUUCGGGCAUUAUCUAUGGAGGAUACCUUAAUUAAGCUUCUUAAUAAGGAUGCAUUGGCCAUUCUUGGAAACAUUCUGGACAGCAGAAAUCCUAAGAAAUCUUUCUGGUCAAGAUGAAGCUACUUACUGCUCCCUGUGAACAGUUAGCAAACACAGAAGCCUCAAUGUUGAUUCUGUAAAGUUGGAGAUCAAUGUUAUUUAAAGUGUAAGUUCCUAUCCUGUUGACAAUGGGGCAUGACAGAAUUACGUAUGAUGAGAUGCUUUCUUUUUCUAGCGUGGAGGAGAUUCCUCUUCCACUUUUAAAUUUUCGGGCACUGAUGCAUUGUUCUAACAACAAGCGUGUUUCUAUACGCAGAUACAUAACCCCUCUCAUUAGAAGAGGAAGAUUUACCUUUUUUUGUUCUAAUGCAAUGUAUACCGUUAGCUUUUUUCUCCAAACUAGCGAGGGGUCCAAGUUUCCAACUGGCCAUCAAUCCAUCAUGUUGGACGGGGAGACCCGAGUUUGGAGAAAAUUUUGAGCUGUUUCGAUUUUAGUCAAAGAAGCUGGGAAGCUGGUCUGCUACUCGAUCAGUUUAUCAUCCGUGCAGAUCAUACAUUAAUGCCACAGUCAAAGCCAUGGGCAGCUGGAGAUGGGGAGAGAUCCGAAAAGAUGUUGCUCUCGGCCAACGUAGUAGUUUCCUUCUCCAACGUAUCUGGCAAAAGAGCAGGAUAUCGAGAAGAGCAGGAUAUCGAGAAGAGGGGUGACAACAAAAAUUAAACAGCGGCACACCCAGAUUUUGAAGUUCUUAGUGAUCGGUAGCUUAAAUGUGAAAUGAGAAAAGCAUGAACCUUUUAUUUUAAACGUAAAAACUUUGAGAGUGCUUUGCAUAGAUUUUGUUGACCGUAAGCCCCAAAAAUCUCUCCCCUAGAGAGACCAGAUAAGAAAGAGAAAGAGAUCAGGAGGCACUUUUUUCUUUUUUUCACAAUAAAUGGGUAAAGUAAAAAUGAAAAGCUUUUUUUUUUUUCUUCACUCAGAUGGAACCGUAAAGGUCCGGGCCUGAAUGAACAUUCAUGCAUGGAAGCAAUAUAAAAAACUUUUUACCACUUUCUUCCAGGAAAGGUGGGUAUAUGUAUAUGCAACGCAAUUCCUUUGAAAAAUGAGGAGGAUAUAUACAACAAUUAGUAAUUUAAGUCGGUUUAAAGCAAAUUUGCAUGUGUUAAGGUAUUCUCCCGAUCUUCUAAGGCAGUAGUGGGAUCAUUUUCAACGGGAUUCGACAUCCAAAGAAUUGCUGUGAGCAAUGAUUUCAUAUUUACAGCCACGAACUGUGGGAUCAUAGAGGUUUGGUUAAAAGAAAGAAUCACCAUAGUUGCUAAUAUUAAAAUGGGCAGCAGGAGACAUGCAAAGAUUGCAUCCUUGGUUUCAGAUAUGGAUGGAGGAAUGCUUUAUGCUGGUCCCUCUGAUGGCAAAAUCCGUCAGAAACUACAACUCUAAGCACACAAAUCACAGUUGGAACAAACAUGGGAAUUAUAGAUUUUCCUGGUACUCACUCAU